CAAGACCGAGUCAUGCUACGUCUUUCCGAAGCUAUCAAUAACCUUGCACGCAACAAUCAUUGUCCUAUCCCAUCCAAUGACUCCAAAGUCAAAGUCCGAGAACCCGGCAUUUUCGAUGGCACUGAGCCUCAGAAGCUAUGUGCAUUCUUCAUUCAAUGCAAACUCAAUUUUCAAAGUAGACCUAGAGCCUUCCAUACCAGACGGGCUAAGGUCAACUUUGCCCAAUCCUACCUCAAG